UCUAUCCGUUUUCCAGCACCACGUUUGUGUUUACGUUUCUACCGCGUUUUUAUUUUGGCAGAGAAAUAUUUAUUGAAAUGGAUUUAAACACCCUGCUGCAGCAGGCACAAAGCCUGACCACAGGCAAGGCUGAGGGUGAACUGCCCGGGGUGGAGCGGACGCUCCAACAGGUGCUGCAGUCCAUUGAACAGUUACAUAGCCAUGUUACCCAGACCGGCACCAAGGAGAUACAAGCACAAAUAUUACUUGGCUCCAAGGGCAUUAACCUGUCCAAAUUGAACAAGAAACUCGAAACUCUGAGCACGGGCAAAACGUUUGAGCCUCUGGAUGUGGCUGGUGCGGACACAGAUGUGUGCACGUUCCUCAAGAAUGAGCGCGAGAAUGCCAUAUUUUCUGUCAUCGAGGAGACCAAUAAAAAUAUUAGCGACUCGGUUAGCAAGCGAAAAUGGGAAAAUUUGACAAGCAGCUGGAAUGAAGAGAAAACGCGCUUAUUGGAGGCAUUGAUUGGACCAUCGCAGAAUUUUAUUGACUUGCAGCGAUUGCCGGAGCAAACCAUAUUGAAUCCGGAAUGCCUACCGCUCACCUGUCUCGAUGACCUGGGCCUACAAUAUGCCCAGGAGCUGGGCCAGUAUAAUGCACUGCUGCUGAAGGGCGGAUCUCGUCCAAAUCUUGUGCAGAAAUACGCACAGCUUGCGAACAGCACUUUUGGCAAUUUGGAAGUUACCAAUAUGUGGCUGAUGCUGUCCUGUGUGACGCAGGUGAACGAUGCCCCCUGUCUCGGGGAUCCCAUCAAAACUCGCCAGCAGCGACCGGAAUUUGUAUUGUAUGCCAAACAAUAUCUGGAGCAUAGAUAUAGAGUCUACAUGAAUAAAAUGGUAAACAUUGCCAAUAGGGACGAUAGCUAUCGUUUGGUGCGUGCCCAUGUGGAGCGCCGCUUUAGCGGGCAACAAACCAUCGGACUGGUGGAGCAUGCUGGUGGCCAACCCCUUUGGCCGCUCAUAUAUUAUAGUCUACGCUGUGGAGCCGUUGAAACGGCUGUGGAAUUUUUAAAUGAAGCUGGCUCCAGCUAUGAUGACUUUGCCCAGCUCAUUGCCGAUCGCAACGGUGGCGUAGUCAACUCCAAGAUCGAGAGCCAACUGAAACUGCAGUAUGCUAACAAGAUACGCAAUAAUUCGACGGAUGCCUUCAAGAAGGCCGUGUACUGCACUCUGCUCAACUGCGACAUCAACGAUACCCACAGUGAAGUGGCCAAAACAAUCGAUGACUUUCUCUGGAUCCGGCUGUCCAUGCUGCAUCCCGGCGAUGCGACUAGCUAUGCCCAACUGCAGUCCAUCAUUACGACCACCUAUGGCGAGGAGUAUUUUGAUGCUCUUCAUCAGCCGUAUCUGUACUUCCAAGCGCUAGCGCUUACGGGCCAAUUUGAGGCAGCCAUUGAGUUUCUCUUUCGCACGGAUGCUAAUCGGGUGCAUGCUGUCCACAUGGCAAUAGCUCUGCACGAGCUAGGCAUGCUGGGCGGCGUGCGAAGUGUGUCGCAGCCUCUGCUCACUAUUGACAUAUCAGAUCCGACGCCGUUGCGUCGUCUUAAUUUGGCGCGACUCAUUCGCCUCUAUGUGGAGCGAUUCGAGGGAACGGAUACGGCCGAAGCUCUGCACUACUAUUACACGCUGCGUAACCUGCACGAUCCCAAGGGACGCAACAUGUUCCUCAAGUGCGUCUGUGAUCUGGUUGUCAACAGCGGUGUGCUGGACACCAGUAUUUUUGCUUCGAUAUUUGGACAGAGACAGACAGGAUUGGCGACCGAUGAUGACUAUUCGGGGGGCCUAUUCCGACAGUUUAGCUGUGCAGAUUUUGACACGCCAACCAUGGCUGGCCUGGUGGCCGAUGAGCUGAUCGCCCGCGGCAACUUUGAGAUGGCAGUGCGCCUCUAUGAUAUGGCUGGCAACCUCAACUUAGCUCUCAAGUAUAUUUCCAUACUGCUGGCCCAGGUGGUGCAGCAGCCGGCAGUGGAGGGCACAUUGCGUGCGCGGCUCAGCUUGGAAGCGGAGCGCUUCAGCACACGGUUGCCCAUGCGCCAAACGGAUGUGGAGCCCAAAGUCUCUACCAGCUUUACGCUGCUGCGGGAGUUGCUCAAGUUCUUUGAUAAAUAUCACGAGGGCAAACUUUUAUUGGCGCUGCAGCAGCUCGAACGCAUACCUGACAUUAUACCCAACAGCACUGAGGACGUGAGCGUGUGUAUGUCCACCUUCCGGCGAUUGAGCGGCGAGGUCAUUAAGGUCAUACCCGACGUGAUGGUCGCCGCAAUGGAUAUCACACUCUCACAGUACAAGCAACUGAAGUUGGACACUGAGUCCGGUUGCAUAAUACAGCAGCAGCUGCGCGAACGCGCCAAGGCCAUUGCCAACAUGGCUGCCACCAUGCCCUAUUGUCCAACCAAUCAGCGCCUGUUGCAGCUUGAGCUGCUCAUGCAUUGAAAUUAAUAAACAGAAAAAAACCAGCAUUUU